UCUCUGCUUUCCUUUUUUUUUUUUUUUUCUUGUUUUGCUCAUCUCCUUGGAGUCAUCUCUGUGGUUUUGUCGCAUACUCGACCAUCGUGCUUUUCGGAGCAGUCAACUACCAUCAUAGCCGAGGCAUCGCCAUCAUGACACGCCUUCUCCCCUCCACACUGCUCGCGUACCUCGCAGCCUCCACCUGCGCCUUCUCCAUCCCCCCUUACAACAACUUCGCCCCAGCCUCGCGCUACUCCUUCUCGCAGAAACCGCUUCAGAGCCCCUUCGAGGCAUGGCUGGAGAAAGAAGAGCACAUCGCUCUGGACCGGCUCCUAGCCAACGUGAAGCCUGGCGGUCGCAAUGUCGAAGCCAAAGAACUCGCCGUCGCUGAUGGCACAGUGGUGUCAAGCUCCAGCAAAGACAAUUCUGAUCACUGGUACUCGUGGGUGCGAGACGCAGCCUUGACCACAAACACCCUCACCGACAUCUACGCCCAAGACCCUUCUUCCCGCCUCUCCAACACCCUCGCCAACAUCCUCGACUCGUAUACGGGCUUGCAGCGCGACCUUCAACAGACCAGCGACCUCGGCGAGCCAAAGUUCCACGUCGAUGGCACUCCCCUUACCCAAGCUGGCGCAGUGCCGCAGCUCGACGGUCCUGCUCUCCGCGCAAUUACCUUGAUCAACUAUUUGCGCUCAUACAACGCCUCGCAUCCCACCCACUGGAACACCCCCAAGGGCGAGGCUUUCUAUACCAGCCUCUACGCUUCCGAGACGUCCGCUCAAAGCGUCAUCAAGACCGACCUCGAAUUCGUCUCGCGCUCCUGGAAUGAUACCUCUUUCGACAUGUGGGGAGAAGUUGAAGGUAUGCACUUCUUCACUGCCAUGGUGCAGCUUCGCGCCCUGCGGGAAGGUACCCAGGUUGCUCGUGCAUUCGGCGAUGAUGUUGCUGCCAAUCGGUAUGCCGAGCAGGCGACCUACCUCACCAAGUACGUUCGCCGUUUCUGGAACAAGAAGAAGAACCAUUUGGUGUCCACGCUGUGGAGUCGUCGCUCUGGCUUGGACUGCAGCAUUUUGCUUGCAUCCGUACAUGGCAUGCCAUCUCAGGCCGCGGAAGCGCAACCGGUUUUCGCGCCUUGGUCCGACGAGGUGCUCGGGUCGUUGUUAGAGCUCGUACAGGACCAGCAGUCCAAAUUCCCCACCGCUUACGGCAAGAAGAAGAGAUCAGUCGCUGCCGAACGACCAGCUACCACAACCACCUCAUUCGCCCCGCAAGGCUCAAUGACUGCUUCAGACGACGAGGACGAAUACGACGAUGACAAUGACGAAGACUCCGAAUCUUCCAUCCUCUCCAAGAUUCCUUCGACUGCCGUUCUUCAAGGCAGCCCCUUGUCUCGCUACCCCGAAGCCCAGUCGAACCCCGAUCCUUCCUUCCUUUGCACCACAACCGCAGCUACCAUCCUUCACACAGCCGCCUCGCACCUCGCCACCUCCGCAAACCUGACCAUUACUCCCCGCGGUCUUCCAUUCUACAGAGCUCUUAUGCGCACUUCCUCACUCCCUGUUGAACCAGGCGUCAUGUACGGUCCCGGCGAUGUCGUACUACACAGCAUUGUGGAGCGUAUGCGAGGCGUGGCAGACGAGUUCUUGGAAGUCGUGCGAAAACAUACCAGCGAAGAUGGCGCCAUGAGCGAGAGUUUCGACGCAGUAACGGGUGAGCCCGCGGGCGCGAGUGAUGCUAGCCGUGCUUACGCUGCGUUCUUGUCGGCUGUGCGUGUCAGGAGACAAGCGGAGAAGACGAGGAAUCGCUGA